AUGGUUUCGCUGUUGUCCGACGCAACGGAGGCAACUAUCGAGGGGACCCAAAGGAGCCUACGCGCUUCAAGAUCUGUUGCGACCGCGAUGCUAUUAGCAAGGCUGAAGGUUUCGCUCAAACACCCUUCCCAUAACCACCCACCCUCUCUCGAUCCAUCCGCCCAUAAGCUUCACCGGAAGUUGACGCCCACCCAGAUGAACCUCCUCCAGACCAUCUCAAAGCAUAAGGCCAUCGGAUCGCGCGAGGCGGCUUCCAUCGUCAGAGAUGCUGUGCCUGGGUCUUUCGUCAAGCAGAAAGACAUCGACAACGCCCGCCAGCGCCUGCGUCGCAGCGAGCUCAACAGCAGGACCGCUGUCCAACAGUUCAUCAGCAUCCUUCUUGACAUGGGUUAUAAUCACCGCAUCCAGUGGGCUGGAGAGGACCCUACCCGCCCUGUUGCCCUUGUCUGGACUUACCCAUGGUGUGAGGGCAUGUGGAGGAGAUAUCCGGAGGUCAUCGGGUUUGACAACACCUACAAGACCAACCGCUUCAAGAUGCCACUCUUCCAGGUUACUGGCACUGCAGAUACUGGGUCCUUGUACAACUGUGCCUUCGGUCUUGCGUCAACUGAACGCCGUGAGGGCUACGACUUCCUCCUCAAGUCUCCCGAAUCAUUAAGGGCCGAGAUCCACGUCGAGCGCCCUAAGGUCGCCAUCACCGACUUCGAGGAUGCCUUACGGUCCUCCAUUACAGGCAUCUGGCCUGACACCCAACUUCAACUCUGCAUUUUCCAUAUCAACCAGAACGUCAGCCUCAACGCCAAGCGGAAGUGGCAAGGGCCUGGCGGCCCUGCUGAAGACGAGCUUGACGCCAAUCGCGACAAGGAGGCUGCCGAGAACGAGGCUAUCCAGAACCUCAACGAUAGAGCCCGCGCCAACGAAAUGCUUAGCCGCGGUCAGCAACCCGCAGAGAUCCCUCUUACACCAACCGGCUUCUGUCAGCUAUGGGCGUAUGUCGUCUACGCCAACACAGAGGAGGACUUUGAUGCUGGGUGGGCACGCCUGCAGCAGGAAUUCUCUGACCAACAGCCUGCACUCGAUUACAUCUCCAACACCUACCUCCCUGUGCGGUAUCAGUGGGCCAACUGCUUCAUCUCACAGUAUGAGAACUUCGGCGUACGGACCAAUUCACCUACCGAGACGGCCCAUAAGGAUCUGAAGUCCUACAUUGUCACUGGUAACUCCGACCUCUAUGCCGUCUCGAAGGCGAUCGAGAUGAUCCGAAACAAGGCUCGUACAUACACUGAGAAGGUAGCAGAGAUGGAGACUCGUACUCGCUACGAGUACCUUCACUGUGAUUGGCUUGGGGCUGUCUCUAAGGAGGUUGGUACGAAGGCGCUGGCUCUAAUGAACCAGCAGCAUCAAAAAGCUCUGCCGUCGCUGCCAACUGAUGCUCGUCCGCAUCCUCCUGAUCUCCCACCUUGCUCAGGCACCUUCUCCAACCAGUACCGUCUCCCGUGCAGUCGUAAGCUGCUCGAUAUGAUGAAGCGUAAGGAGCCGCUGACUAAGGAGCACAUUCAUCCCCGCCGGUGGUUGCGGCAACGAUUGAAUCUUGCCGAUGCGCUGCUCAACAUCAAGGAUCCCAACGUCGCACAGACUCUGCGUGGUCGCCCGAAGAACAAGAACAUCCCAUACCACGGUAACAGGCCCCCCUCCUUAGCCAGAGUGUCCAAGCCGUCCUCCUCUGCUCCUCAGCCGAGGCCACCUCGCAGAGCUACCAACCGCGCGCCGCAGCCCGUCAGGCAGAGUAUUCGCCGUAACCGAUCGGACUUUGAUAACUUCAACGACAACAAAUUGGCGCUGCUAGGGCCUACGCAGCAGAAGACGCAGGAGGAGAUUGUAGUAGCAACGGGCUUUGUGGCGCCUCCAGCGAAGAAGAGAAGGAGCGGACGCCGCGUUGCAGCUAGCCCGUCAUCAACAGCGCCGGCGAAUUUUUGA